AUGGCCGUUGAGCUUUCAUCAGCACCGUCCUCGUCCUUCGGGGCCUUGACAGAAAAUCCCAUUGCCCGGAGCCUCUCGAGCGCCUACAAUGCCUUUUCCGACCGCCGCGCGAAGCUGGGCCUGUCCAACCCGGGCUCGAUUGAGGGUGUCGCGAAGGAGGUGCAGCGUGAGGUCUUCUUGACCAACUACAUGCACACUGGUUUAAGAGCAGACCUCACCAAGGCCUUCAGUUUAUCACCUCUUUUCCAGGUGUCGCAUCAGUUUGCCAUGGGUGAGCGCAUGCAGCCUUAUGCGUUCGCUGCUCUCUACGGCACAAACAAGGUCUUCUUGCAGGGAAGCAUGGAUAGCGAUGGAUCGCUUUCGACGAGAUUCAACUACCGAUGGUCUCCCUCGCUCGUCUCCAAGUGCCAGUUCCAGAUUGGCCAACAAGACAUGGCUCAGGUCGAACACGAGUAUACUGGCGCCGAUUUCACCUCCAAUCUGACGAUGCUCAACCCUUCCUACAUUGAGGGUGGCCUUACUGGUAUCUUUAUCACAAGACACUUCCAGUCCAUCACCAAGAAGCUUGCCCUGGGCUUGGAAGCCGUCUGGCAGCGUGCCGCCCUCAACCAGCCCCCGGAUGCCGCCAUGUCUUUUGCCGGCCGAUACAAGUCCGAUGACUGGAUUGCUACAGCACAAUUGCACGCUCAGGGCGCCUUGAACGCCACCUACUGGCGUCGUAUCUCCGAAAAGGUCCAGGCUGGUGUUGACCUGACCCUUCAGCUUGUUCCUGGCGGCGCUGGUGGAAUGAUGGGUGGUCUCCAGAAGGAGGGCAUCACCACAAUUGGUGCCAAGUACGAUUUCCGCAUGUCCACCUUCCGUGCCCAGGUCGACUCAAAGGGCAAGCUCAGCUGCUUGUUGGAGAAGAGAGUUGCCCCCCCGGUCACGAUGUCGUUUGGAGCUGACGUCGACCAUGCCACUCAACAAGCCAAGAUUGGAUUGGGAAUCACAAUUGAGGCCGGUGGCGAGGAGCUCCAAGAACAGUCGGAGACUUUGGGUGCUACUUCGCCCAACAUCCCAUUCUAA